CAGAAAACCAUAAAUGUAGACAUCAACAAACAUUACGGCGGGAUGUAAACUUACGUUUCAUGGAUCUUUUAUCUUCUCGUUUUCUAGUCAGAGCUUAUGUGCCAUAGUAGGUUGGCGCAGUCAUCAUCAGGAUGAGCGCAGGAGACACAUCCACUGUAUCAGCUGAAGGACAACUCCUUGAAAGUUACAUUGCCAGUGGUUUUCUUACCCAGGAGGAGAUUGAUGGCGUGCGAAAACAUGACGUUUUUUCCUCCAAUCUGUAUAAUAUAGUGGAACUGAACAAAAUUCAACAUGAGAGUGAUGAGAGAGCAUUUCAACUUGAGUUACUUAAGUUGGAUAAGGAAUUUGCCGAUGUCUCUCACAACCACUAUCUGAACCCCAGGAUUGAUGCCCUUCAGAAGUUCAACUGUCACCUCCAGAGACUGCUUCAGGACCACAUCAACUUGAAGAAGAGACUAAUGAAUCCCCGGGCUGACCAAAGCCUACCCAUACACGCAGACAUGCACAAAGAUGUGGUGGAGCUCGUCAGCAUGGUCACAGACUUCAUAGAGAACUUGGACCUGAAGAUAAAGACCGUUCAGUCAAUUCCUAACACUCAGGAAGACAUUAACAAGCUGAACAUGGGCAUGGCUCAACUCUUGACACUGGUGAAGGAGGUGGAGAGCCUCCACCAACAGGUUCUUCAGUGGAGGGAGAAACAUCAAGGAGCCAUUACAGAAAAACAGGGCCCGGCAACGGCUGGGCAAGAUGACCACCAGACCAUUUGAGCUCAUUAGAUGUCUUUUGGUGCACUUUUUUGGUUACAAUAACACAAUGUUUGUGAUUCACAUGACAUUAGCAUCUUAAGGGCUAGGUGCCCAUAUUCAGUGGACUAAAAGAAUGUUGGCUGAGAUUUCCAUAAAGGGGAAAGAUUGAUUGUCUUUUAGGGCUUGGCUUAAUCCAUGUAUAGGAAUUAAGCUUAAUGUAUCGGUCUAAAUUUGGUUUCUCAUUUACUCUUUUCACUAGGGUUGUUUGGCUACAACAUUGUGUGUGUGUGUGUGUGUGUGUGUGUGUGUGUGUGUGUGCGUGUGUGCGUGCGUGUUUGUGUUUAUGUUUACAAUAAAUAAUCUUAACGGAUGAA